CAUGAAUUCUGGUUCACAAAGAAGUAAAAAUAAUAAGGAAUUUAAGGAGAGCACGCCCAGCAAGGAAGCAAAUAAAUCAAAAGAACAAAAAAAGAAGGCUGGAAAAGAAAGCGGGUCUGUCAAGAAACAACGGGUUUUUAUUAAUAGAGGUGCAACAUCAAAUACUCCAACAUGUAAUAUUAAAUUAUUGCAACAACCACAAAUUUCUCAGAUGCCUCCACAACAACAAGCAAAUUAUUUUGGUCCUCAAAUCCCUUCAGAUAAAAACGACCAAAUUCGUGUUUGCUUUCACAUUGAGCUUGCUCAUUGGUUUUAUUUAGAUAUUUAUUGCCCUGAUAAUGCUGAACCACCCGCUGAAAAUUGUAAAAAGGUCGGAUUUCAUCAAUUUGUUAGACAAGUUUUUUAUAAAUGCGAUUAUUUGGAUAAAUGGCGAACGUCUAUUGACAUGAUUAUUGAUGCAUUUCGACAAUAUAAAUCUAGUGUGCCUACUUAUGGUGUUAUAAUGCUUGAUCCAACACUUAAUUAUGUCCUUCUUGUCCAAGGAUAUUAUGCUUCGACAAAUUCUUGGGGGUUUCCGAAAGGAAAGAUAAAUGAAGGAGAAUUGCCAGUUGAAUGUGCUGUUCGUGAAGCCUUUGAAGAAGUCGGUUUUGAUUCAAAAGAAUACCUUUUGGACAAAGUACGCCCACUUCAAAGUUUUGUUGGCGAAACUUUAGUGAGACUUUACAUAGCGACUGAUGUUCCUAUGGAUUUUCACUUCAAACCACAUCUGAGGAAAGAAAUAAGGAAAAUUUCUUGGUUUUCUGUUUGGGAUCUUCCAAAAAGCAGAAACGAUGACACGGGAUUAUCACAGCUUGGACUUUACUCAAAUAACUUUUAUUCUGUUUUGCCUUUUAUUAAUGGAAUUUGCGAAUUUAUUUCACGAGAGCGGGCCGUGCUGAAACCAAAAUGUUCUAUUCUUAAGCAUGAGGGAAAAUCUGAAAAUAGUGCCUUUCAGCCAGUUAUUCCAAAAGGUUUAUUAAAUUUUAUCUUUCAAAUUUCUUUGAUUUUUUUAGCGUCUUCUGAUCAAAAAUUAUCUGUUAUUAGUCCAAAUCCGUCUUCUCAAAAUAUUCAUCAAACAACUUCCCAACCAAGCACAUCAAAACAAUUUGAUUUAAACAAUUUAUUUAAACCUUUAAAAAUUGAACCUGAUAAUCCACCUCCUCCAACACCAUCGGCACAACAGUCAUUUACUGGCCAAUCAUUUUUGGAACAAUUUAUGAAAGGAGGAGGUGUUGCCGGUCAAGAAAUUUCAAAUUUUUUGGGAAUUGUAACGGAUAAUCCUCAAGGUUUGUGUUUAAAAUUUAUAGAAACGAAUUUAUUUUUAGUUCCACGAAAUCCAGCAGGCGUUAUUGGUGCUGAAUCACGUAAUCGUCAUAAAGAAAUUAAGCAACCAAAACCUUUACAUCCUUCCAAUUUAAUGUUAAAUGUUUAUGAGGCUCCGCCAGAACAAUUUACUCCUCAACAAGAACAACAAUCAUUAAUUCCUUCUUUAUUUUCACAUUCUGAAAGUCCACAGAAAAAAUGUUUUUCAACAACAUCAACUCUUUUAUCAAUGGAAACUCCAAAAAAGGGAAAAACUUUUCGUAAUGAUAAACCCAUGCCGUUAAAAAUGGUUGAUACUUCCAAGUCGGUUCUGAAAGAUGAUAUUCCAACGCCAACAUCAACAACAAUUGCUGGAUCUGAAACAAGUGGAAAUGAAAUUGUUAAUAUGCUACGUUCUUCUAUAGGCAAAAAGGAAACAAAAAAAGUAAUUACUGCUGAAUUAGUUCCAAUGCAAGUACAAUUGUGUGAAGCGUGGAAGAAGUUUAAGUUUGAUCAAUCUCUUCAUCAAAAACUUGGUGAAUUGAAAUGUAGACAAAAAGUAUAA